AGAGAGAGAGAGAGCAAACUGUGCACGGGGAGGGAGCCAGGGAGCUACAGGGAACCAGGACGCCGCUGUGUUGUUAUGCCAAAACACUCAGCUGCGGCUUGUCAUACCCAAGUGUGUAUGACAGCCUGUGUGGUGACAUGGUGGUGUCUGUGGCUGACUGUGGCAGGCAUGGAGGUCUGGGGAGGAGGAGAGGAUGGGGAAAGAGGAGGAAGAGAGGAGAGGUCCCUUCAGCAAAUCCCCUUAGGAACCUCAGGAUUUCCCUUACCUGUGGAUAUUGACCCCAUUCCUUCAGGCCCCAGAGAACAGAUCAACCAAGUGACAUCCUUCAUUGAUGGGUCGGUGAUCUACGGGUCCAGCAAGGAGGAGAGUGACGAGCUGCGUGCCUUCUCUGGCGGCCUCCUCAAGGUGCAGCGCGGCCCGGCAAACACCCAGAUCCUCAUGGCCGACACCAACCAGAUUGACUGCAAGACCUCAGGAAGAUUCAAAGCCAGGUCACGCAAGACUCGGGCAGCAGACGGCCAGCUCAAAGACAUCGAGUCAGGUUCCCCAAACAACGUACUGGAUUUGAUGGAGGUUCUGCCUAACACUGACGUCAGCGAUAUCACGGAAAUUCCUAGCGUGUUUGAGCGUGACGACCAGACACUGCCCUGCUACCACACUUUGCGUUUCCGCACAGCUACAGGGUGGUGCAAUAAUCUUAACUUCCCGUCCUUCGGCAAGUCGUUCAGGGCAAAAAGUCGACUCCUACGUCCUUCUUAUGAGGACGGUCUGUCUAAGCCUCGCGUCACUUGAGUCACCGGCAAGCCUCUCCCUUCCCCUCGGCUCAUUUCCACCAACAUGCACAACGAUGCGUCUGCACCGCAUGUCCGCUAUACCCUAAUGGUCAUGCAGUGGGGCCAGUUUAUUGACCAUGAUAUUAUUUUCACCCCCAUCAACAAAGGUUUCCAAGACUCGAUUCUGGAUUGCCGCAGAUGUGACUCUCCCCAGACAGUCCACCCUGAGUGUUUCCCCAUAGCCAUUCCUCAGAACGAUCCAUUUUUCCCUCCUGUCAAUAUAUCAUCUGGCCAGCCAUUCUGCAUCCCCCUGACCCGCUCCAUGCCAGGCCAGCUGACUCUAGGCUACCGGGAGCAAAUGAACCAAGUGACUGCCUUCAUCGACGCCUCUCACACCUAUGGCUCGGACAAGUGUGAGCAGCAGCAACUGAGGACCAAGUCAGACGGCAUGCUACGAGGCACACCCAACCCCCUGCGAGGCAAAGACCUGCUGCCCACUGAGAAUGAGAACCACGAGUGUCAGGCUCCCUCUGGCCGGUGCUUCACUGGAGGAGACACCCGGGCCUCAGAGCAGCCUGGCUUGGCUGCGCUACACACUCUGAUGAUGCGUGAACACAACAGAGUGGCCGGGGAACUGAAGCGCCUCAACAAACACUGGAAUGAUGAGCAGCUCUUCCAAAAUGCCCGGCGUAUCGUGACGGCCAUCAACCAGCAUGUCACGUACAAUGAGUGGCUGCCAAGGGUGCUGGGGUGGAACGCUGUUAAUCUGUAUGAGCUUAACUUGCUGCCUGAGGGCUAUUCUGAAGAUUACGAUGCAUACUGCAACCCAACAGUGCUCAAUGAAUUUGGCAUAGCCUUCCGCUUUGGCCACUCUCUACUCAAGCCUUCCCUGGAGCGCAUGGACGGAAUAUUUGCCAAGCGCAACCCUCCUGUCAAGCUGAGCGAACACUUCUUCAACCCAGACCUACUCUACCAGCCUGGGAUGCUUGAUGAGAUCAUCCGCGGCCUGACUACUGUGUCCAUGGAGACACUGGACCAGUUCUUGACAGAUGAGGUGACCAACCAUCUCUUUGAAGACAAGCGGCAGCCAUUCUCUGGCCUGGACCUGGCUGCCCUCAACAUCCAGCGAGGCAGAGACCAUGGACUGCAGCCUUACAAUGAGUACAGGGCCCUCUGUAACCUGACCAGGGCGAGGUCGUUUGAUGACCUGCACAGGGAGAUAGCGAGGCCGGUGAUCGAGCGAAUGAAACGGACGUACGCACACGUGGAUGACAUAGAUCUGUUCACUGGUGGAUUGAUUGAGACGCCGCUGCACGGUGGACUGGUCGGUCCCACGUUCGGCUGCACCCUCGGCAUUCAGUUCAGGAACCUCCGCUGCUGUGACCGGUUCUGGUAUGAGAAUGCUGACCCACUUGUGCGCUUCACCGACCCUCAGCUCACUGAAAUAAGAAAGGUGACACUGUCCAAGCUUCUGUGUGACAACUGUGACUAUGUGGAAAGUGAACAGUGGUCUGUCUUUGACCUUCCAGACCCCUUCCUGAACCCCCGAGUGUCAUGUCGCGACCUCCCCGGGGUGAACCUUGAGCUGUGGAAAGAGCGUGUGUCAUGUGGCGUAGGCAAGACUAACAUCGACAUAAGUGGAGCAGAACGCAUCUCUCCUUGUGUUAUGUGCACCUGUACCAAGGAAGGGCCUGUCUGCCAGAGCCUCAAGAUAGACAACUGCUUCC